GUUAUGCUUGUUUGUCCGCUGGUCUGUCGGGCCUGCUUUACAGCCCGGCGCGCGGCCCUGGCCGCUCCGUCAUGGAGGCAGCAGCGGCGGCGCCGGCGGCAGAAGCGAGGGCCGUUGAAGCAGGCACAGCCAACGGAGCGAGCGCCGCGGCGGUGGCGGCGUCCCCUAAUCUCUUCUUUCCCCGCCGGACAACUUGAGCUGUCCCGCCUCGCGGGGGCUUCUCCAGCAUGAGCGGAGGAGGGGGAGGAAGCGACGGGGUCGGUGGCGGCGGCAGCAGCUCCUCUCCAUCUGCUCCCGGCCGGUUCGCCGACUACUUCGUGAUCUGUGGGUUGGACACCGAGACUGGCCUGGAACCGGACGAGCUCUCCGCUUUAUGCCAGUAUAUACAGGCCUCUAAAGCCCAAGAUGGUGGUGGCCGUUUCAUUUCAAGUUCAGCAGAAGGUGAAAAUUUUGAACAAACUCCAUUAAGACGCACAUUCAAAUCCAAAGUUCUGGCUCGUUAUCCAGAAAAUGUAGAAUGGAAUCCCUUUGAUCAGGAUGCCGUGGGAAUGCUAUGUAUGCCUAAAGGUCUGUCUUUCAAGACACAAGCUGAUGCCAGAGAAUCUCAGUUUCAUUCAUUCAUCAUUACACGUGAAGAUGGAUCACGGACAUUUGGAUUUUCUCUAACGUUUUAUGAGGAAGUUACCAGUAAACAAAUCUGUAGCGCAAUGCAGACAUUGUAUCUCAUGCACAAUGCGGAAUAUGAUAUUCUUCAUGCUCCAUCCACCAAUGAUAAAGAUAACCUUAGCACUAUAGAGGAUUGUAAUGGUACUUCUGUAUCGAAACUACAGCGAUUUAACUCAUACGACAUUAGUAGAGACACGCUCUAUGUCUCUAAGUGUAUUUGUCUGAUCACUCCAAUGUCUUUCAUGAAGGCAUGUAGGAAAGUGCUUGAACAACUCCAUCAAGCUGUAACUUCACCUCAGCCACCACCAUUACCAUUGGAAAGCUUUAUCUACAACAUUCUGUAUGAAGUUCCUCUCCCUCCAGCAGGAAGAUCUCUAAGGUUUUCAGGAGUUUAUGGACCUAUAAUCUGCCAGAGGCCAAGCACCAAUGAAUUGCCAUUAUUUGAUUUUCCAGUCAAAGAUGUUUUUGAGUUACUCGGAGUGGAGAAUAUGCUUCAACUCUUCACCUGUGCUCUUUUGGAAUUUCAGAUAUUGCUUUAUUCACAACAUUACCAGAGACUGAUGACUGUGGCAGAGACAAUCACAGCACUGAUGUUUCCAUUCCAAUGGCAGCAUGUCUAUGUUCCCAUCCUUCCGGCCUCUCUCCUACAUUUUCUAGAUGCUCCUGUCCCAUAUUUAAUGGGAUUGCACUCUAAUGGGCUUGAUGACCGGUCUAAACUCGAGCUCCCUCAAGAGGCAAAUUUAUGUUUUGUGGAUAUAGACAACCAUUAUGUUGAGUUGCCAGAAGACUUGCCUCAAUUUCCAAAUAAGCUUGAAUUCAUUCAGGAAGUCUCUGAAGUACUUAUGGCUUUUGGGAUUCCACCUGAGGGAAACCUACAUUGUAAUGAAAGUGCCUCCAAGAUGAUGAAAAGUCUCAGGACCUGUGACAUAGUAUCUGAUAAGAGAAAUGGCAACAUAGGAGGACCAACUAUGAAUUCUUACGAACUACUGAAAGAAAAUGAAACCCUAGCAAGACUGCAAGCGCUUGUUAAAAGAACAGGAGUUAGUCUAGAAAAGGUUGAACUUCGAGAAGAGAUGAGUAGCAAGAAGGAUCUGAAAAUGCAGUGUGAUGAAGAAGAAUUAAAGAUUUACCAGCUCAACAUUCAAAUACGGGAAGUUUUUGCAAAUCGUUUCACUCAGAUGUUUGCAGAUUAUGAAGUAUUUGUUAUUCAGCCCAGUCAGGACAAAGAGUCGUGGUUUACUAACAGAGAACAGAUGCAGAACUUUGAUAAAGCAUCCUUCUUGUCUGAUCAGCCUGAACCUUAUUUGCCUUUCCUCUCAAGAUUUUUGGAAACGCAGAUGUUUGCUUCUUUUAUUGACAAUAAGAUUAUGUGUCAUGAUGGAGAAGAUAAAGAUCCUAUUUUGAGAGUGUUUGAUUUUAGAGUUGAUAAAAUAAGAUUGUUAAAUGUUCGAACACCAACUUUGCGCACAUCCAUGUAUCAAAAAUGCAGUACCAUUGAUGAAGCUGAAAAAGCUAUUGAGUUAAGACUGGCAAAAAUAGACCAUACUGCAGUCCUUCCUCAUUUAUUAGAUAUGAAGAUUGGACAAGGAAAAUAUGAACCUGGCUUUUUCCCCAAGCUACAAUCCGAUGUACUUUCAACGGGACCAGCAAGCAAUAAAUGGACCAAACGCAAUGCACCUGCACAGUGGAGGAGGAAAGACAGACAGAAACAGCACACAGAACACCUGCGUCUUGACAACGAUCAGAGAGAGAAAUACAUCCAAGAAGCUCGAAAUUUGGGCAGCACUAUCCGCCAGCCCAAAUUGUCUAAUCUGUCACCAUCAGUAAUUGCCCAGACCAAUUGGAAAUUUGUUGAAGGAUUGCUGAAAGAAUGCCGAAAUAAGACAAAAAGGAUGCUUGUGGAAAAAAUGGGCCGAGAAGCAGUAGAACUUGGUCAUGGUGAGGUGAACAUUACAGGGGUGGAAGAAAACACAUUGAUAGCCAGUCUCUGUGAUCUUUUGGAAAGAAUAUGGAGCCACGGACUUCAAGUGAAGCAGGAUAGAAGCUGUACUACUUUCAUCCUAGAAGAUAGAGCAUCAGUAUACUCUGCUACAACUCAGAUUUGGGCUUUUCAGACCACCAAGCGGCCAACCAUACAUAAGUUUUUGUCAGUGCAAUCUUCAGAACAAAACUUCUAUUAUAAUUAUAAAGUGUUUAUUUUCUUUGCCAGAAAACUCUACAAGCGUUAUGCUUUCCUCCGUUGCGAUGAUGAAAAAGAACAGUUUCUUUAUCAUCUCUUGUCAUUCAAUGCUGUAGAUUACUUCUGUUUCACCAAUGUUUUUACAACAAUUUUGAUUCCAUACCAUAUAUUGAUUGUUCCUAGCAAAAAACUUGGUGGCUCAAUGUUUACAGCCAACCCAUGGAUAUGCAUUUCAGGAGAAUUGGGUGAAACAGGAAUCCUGCAGAUUCCAAGAAAUAUGCUGGAGAUGACAUUUGAGUGUCAGAAUUUGGGAAAACUUACUACGGUACAAAUAGGACAUGAUAAUUCUGGAUUGUAUGCCAAGUGGCUAGUGGAAUAUGUUAUGGUCAGAAAUGAAGUGACGGGUCACACUUACAAGUUUCCAUGUGGAAGAUGGCUUGGAAAAGGUGUAGAUGAUGGCAGCUUAGAAAGGAUCCUAGUGGGUGAAUUGCUGACAUCUCAUUCUGAGGCAGAUGAAAGACAAUGCAGAACCCCCCCAUUGCAGCAGUCCCCCAGCAUGAUCAGAAGAUUUGUCACCAUAUCACCCAACAACAAGCCAAAGUUAAAUACAGGUCAGAUACAAGAAUCUAUUGGUGAAGCAGUAAAUGGAAUUGUCAAACAUUUCCACAAGCCAGAGAAAGAGAGAGGCAGUUUAACACUUUUGCUUUGUGGAGAAGGUGGACUUGUUUCAGCUCUAGAGCAAGUGUUUCAGCAUGGAUUUAAAUCUCCUAGGCUCUUCAAAAAUGUUUUUAUUUGGGAUUUUCUAGAAAAAGCACAAGGAUUUUAUGAAGCUCUUGAUCAGAAUGAACUGGUCCCAGAAGAAAACUGGCAGAAAAGGGCGAGGAGUUUUUGUCGCUUUGUAACAGCCAUCAACAACACUCCUAGAAACAUUGGGAAAGAUGGCAAAUUUCAGAUGUUAGUUUGCCUUGGAGCUAGAGAUCAUCUGUUACACCAUUGGAUUGCUCUGUUGGCAGACUGCCCCAUCACUGCUCAGAUGUAUGAGGAUACAGCAUUGAUAAAAGAUCACACGCUUGUGAAUUCUUUGAUCCGUGUGUUGCAAACAUUACAAGAGUUCAAUAUCACACUGGAAGCAUCCCUUGUCAAAGGAAUUGACAUCUGAUUUUGCUUCAUGAAACAAGCACUGUUUAAUAAAAGCAACAAGGAACAAACUAUUGUUAGUAUGCAAAGAUAUAUCUGCUAAUACAUUGCAUCCAGAAUAUUCAUGUGACUCAAUGCAACUCUUCUGGAAUGAAGAUCCAAAUGGUGUGCAAAAAUAUAACAAAAAUUCUACAUCCGGUGUGUAAAAGGAAAAAGGAUACUUAUAAAUUACUUUUAGAGUUUAUUUGCUGAUUUGCUUUUACACGCUUUCAUGUGAAAGAGUUAGAUGAGUAUUGUGCAGCUUAUUUUAAAGCUGUAAUAUUUCUUUGCCAUAGAUAAUGGUGCAGUGAGAAGCUUUUAGCAUUCUCUCAACUUGCCUUCAGACUGUAUCCUGAAAAAUUGUAAUUAACACAUUCCAAUUUCUGCUAAGUCACUAAGCAAUUAAAAACUAAUAUUUUAUUACGUAAGUUACGCUAUUUAGCAUUUCAAUGUUGAGUCACUGCUGUGCUGCAAGAAACUUAGAAAUGUAAAUGUUUUUAAUAGGCUCAAAGCACUGAAUUCAUUAGCAAUUUUUCUUUUUUUAUCAGUAUUAUUUUUAGCAGAUUUUUCAGGAGUGAAACAUGCAGUUUGAUGUUCAGAAAUCAGUAGUAUUUUUUCAUACAUGAAAUUGCACAGAGAAAAUUAUAAGUGUGUUUUAACUGGCAUUUAUUUAUUUAACUUUUUCGUCAUGAUCUGGUCUUUGCCUUUAAAAAAAGAAUGCUAUAUACUUGAGUGCAGUCCCUUAGACCGAAGCUCCAAAAUAAGUAUGCAGAAAAAUAUGUCUCAGCAUGGACAUGCCUUUCAAGUUCAAUCAGUUUAUAUAUAAUGAUAUUUCAGAACAUAAAAUACAAAUGUGAUUAUUUUAAGGUCGCAUAUCCCCUAUGUAAUGGCUAACAGUGUAAAGAUGUGACACUUGCUGGAAUAGCAUAUAAUAUGCAGAGUCACAUAGAACAAAAUUUCACACUUGUGUGACAUUUAUGAUACUGGCACAAUUUUAUUACAGCAUUAUAAGCACACAUUUUGGUCAAAUAUUUGGGAUGAGUAUGAGUGAGGUCAGUAUUACUGUGACUUACUUAUGCUGUUACUCAACCUAUUAACAUGUAAAGGUUUUCAGAUCUUGGUUAACCCUACUUCAUAGGCAGAAAAUAACAAACAUUUUCUUUUCAUAUGCCGAAUGUUAUGUUCUAAUUUUGCUUUGUUAAAUGCAAGAUUUCUUGGAUACUUGUGAACAUUGUGUAAAAAUAUUAGCCUAUUCUAAUAAAGUUCAGAUGUGGAUUCUUAUAAAUAGCAAAAUUCCAAUCAAGAAAUUUUUUUAGUGAAUGCCUAGAAACAACUGUUAUUAUUAGCUGAGAAUUUAAAAUCCUUAGAAAAUGCAUACCUAAUAGAGAUAAUACUGAGAUACAUAGGACAAGGGUUGAAAUCUCUGUACUUUAGUAGGAGGCCUUUUCUGUAUGAACACUAGGCUUUAACAUAUGGAGCUGUGAAAAAGGAGUCUUCAGUUGUCAGUUUACUCAAGUAGCAUUAUUCUUAAUUCCUACAUUUUGUUGUCAUUUUUCCAGUAACUUAAAGUACAGCACAUGUAUUAAAUUUUACUAUUUUUACUUA